AUGAUUAUAGUACUUAUUACUUUUACUACUCUUCUUUUUUCUUUACUUAUAGGCGCAGCACCUACUGCGAAGGGCAUAGAAUCUUUGUCUGCCCAGCCCCGCUUAUGUUGCGUAAGAGCGAUUGACGGAUUGUACAUUGACGAUGUCCGUGGUUUUCUGGCUUCGCAGUGUAAUGGUUUUAAAGUUUGCCUCCAAAAUGCCACUCCGGAAUUUGGCUGGUGUCGUUACUGCCUCAUCUUUGAUCCAAGCGAUGCAAGGUGUCUGACUGGCACCUGGCCGCCAGUAGGCAAGCCGCCAUCGACCGUAGGGCAUCGCGCCCUGGACGUCGAUUUGGAUAGUGUUAACAAGGAGCUGGAGUCGGCCGGCACAGAUAUUGCCCUUCCCGAUUUCAAUCUGAUCGCCAAAAGAUACGAUGGCCAGAGAGCGAUCAAUACGUUGGCUGCAGACAAUAUAGCUAGAGUAUACACUGAAAUCAUAGGACUAUCAGCCUGGAACCUCUUUGUUAGCGCCACAAACUUUAUUGCCUUUACUAUUAGCAACCUCUAUAUUGAACCGCUCGUUUGGGAGAUCGUUGAUACAGCGACUGGGUGGACAAGAACAGGGACUCUCGCAGGUGGAACUCACUAUGGCGGAUCUGUAGAUAGUCUAGUAAUUGCCCAUGGCGGCGAUCAAUUUGUAGUAUCUUUUCAUACCACAUAA